AUUGCUUAGAUAUCAAAUCGUUCUGUGAAGAUGACAUCGCUUGCUACGAAAUGCCCAUCCUUUUUCAAUUUAAGAAGAUAUCCAUUAGCAAAAAUGACGUGUGAGAAGUACGAAAAAGCACUCGAUAUUUCGAACUCAAUUCAGCCAGACUGGAAAAUGGUAGGUAGUUCUAUCAGCAUUGCACAAAGGAGGAUGGAUGCAUUUCCGCGAUAUUUAGAAAGAGCUGGCAUAACGCAAGACGAUUUGAGCAGACUCAAUGUUGUACACGUUAGCGGAACAAAAGGAAAAGGCUCAGUGUGCGCGUUUACGGAAAGUGUACUUAGAAGUUCAGGGUUUAAAACUGGUUUUUUGAGUUCUCCACAUUUGAUUGAUCUUGUCGAACGAGUGAGAAUCAACGGGAAGCCUAUUUCACAGGAACAGUUCGCUGAUUAUUUUCUUGAGGCUUAUAACAAGCUUUGGUCAUUGAGACGUGACGAUUUCGAUAUGCCUUUUUUCAUCUUCAUAGUGAAUAUUUUAGCUUUCAAAAUCUUCCUUGACGAAAAAGUUGAUGUCGCCGUCUUAGAAGUUGGCUUGGGUGGUACUUUUGAUCCAACAAAUAUUGUCAAGAAACCCGCUGUAUGCGGAGUAACAGCUCUACAUUUUGAUCACCAAUGCUUUCUGGGCGACAGUAUUGAAGAAAUCGCUUGGAAUAAAGCAGGAAUUUUCAAACCUGGUGUUCCAGCUUUUACCAUAGAACAACCCAUUCCUGGAGCGUUGAGUGAAUUGAAACAUUGCGCUGAGGAAAAAGGCGUCAAAUUGCAAACGGUUAAAAUGAAUAUGGAGCUGGAAGACGUAGAGUUAGGAUUAGAAGGUUUUCAUCAGAAAACAAAUGCAUCAUUGGCUGUCAGCCUCAGUAAUGGAUGGGCUGAGCAAAUGGGUUAUGGAAAGUUAGAUCGCGUUAAGGUAAUACGAGGCUUACAGAAUGUGCGAUGGCCUGGCCGCUGUGAAACAGUGAAAGUCGGUGACAAUCUGACAUUUUACCUAGACGCUGCGCAUACAGCAGAAAGUUUGAAACUAUGCCUAGAAUGGUUCAAAACGAAAUUGCAAUUCGAACACCAGCAAAGUGUGAAGAAAGUCUUAGUUUGUACUUUUACAGGUGAGAGAAAUGACGAGAAUUUCCUACGAAUUUUUAACAAUGAGGUCUCUUUUGAUCACGUGAUUUUGACGACACCUAUUUUGGAUUCAGACAAUUCGUUUAGGCAUAAGGAUGCUAGGACUGUGGUAUCUAUGCACAUAGAUAGAUGUCAUCGAAAUAUGGCGAUAUGGAAAGAGAUGAACAACAGGUCAGAUGUAUCAGUAGAAGAGCACAUUGACGGUGCUUUGAGUUCGCUGAGAAAUAUUUCCGACAAUGCCAAUAUCUGUGUUUUGGUUACUGGGAGCCUUUAUCUUGUAGGCGGUGUUCUGAAGUUGUUGGAGGAUUUAACUGAUUCAAAGCAACAGUGUAAAUAGAAUGUUGACUAACAACAUGGACUACUAGAAGGUUGCCUUCCACUACUACUACUAAAAUCUUUUACUGGACUGAAUCAAACUUGAGCGAUAAUUGAAUUGUAUAUAUGUAAAUAUUUGUACAUACUUGAGUGUUCCAAAUACUGGAACAGAUGUGACAAAUUGUAUAUUUGUAGAUAUUUGUACAUACUUGUAAAUUUUUGAAUAAUUGUUUAAAAAUUGCCUCGAAACUUUUGAUCGCUAUCAACCAAUCCCAACUAGUG